AUGGAGCGCCAAUCGCAAUCACUGGGACUUGGUCCGCGACAUGAAUCUUCUCUCAGAAUACAGAAACCAGAAUCAGCUUCAGACCGCUUGGCGGCGCUGAAGGCUCGGGUUGCGGCUGCGACCGCAACCAGCAAAGCGAAAGGCGGCUUAAAUGUUGGUCUGCACCCAGCGCUCGAAGACUUGGGAUCAUGGAAGCCCCAAGGCAAGGAGAGGAGAUUGUCAAACACGGGAAGGAAUACGCCUUACGGCUCCAAAGAAGCGCCUGCGGCCACAGUCAGAGGCAGCGCAGGGUCAAAUACCGGCCAGCACAACCCAUACAUUGACGAGUCUGCGGCGGUGCAGCCGUAUAGCAGCCGAACUCGCGAGCCCAAACGCCUCGUCUUCAAUCAAAAGGGCAAAUAUAUUCAACAGGCCAACGCCCUCAGGCGGCAAGAGGCGCUCGAGGCGAUGAAGAAGCGCAUCGCCGAGCAGACAAGAAAGGCUGGCAUAGACGAGGAUCUGGAUACUGAGAAGAACUUCCUAGUGGAAGAGCCGCCUCUCGUUGAGUGGUGGGACGAGGGCCUCAUAGAUGGGGACUCUUACGAUAUAAUUGAACUGGCCGACAGGCUGAAGAUCGCUUCCCCGGACAGCAUCAUCACGGAAUAUGUCCAGCACCCCGUUCCGCUGGAGCCGCCACAAGACCGCUUGGCUCCCGCACCGAAGGCCAUGUAUCUGACGUCUAAAGAGCAAGCCAAGAUCAGAAGACAACGGCGAAUGGCAGAAGGGAAGGAGAUGCAAGCCAAGAUCAGGUUAGGCCUAGUGCCGGCCCCCCCCCCCAAAGUGAAGAAAGGCAACCUGAUGCGCGUUCUCGGAGACGUUGCUGUCAAGGAUCCCACCGCUGUAGAAGCUCGCGUCAAUCGAGAAAUCGCCGAGCGCCACCAGAAGCACGUUGACACAAACGAAGAACGAAAAUUAAACAAAGACCAAAAACAUGACAAGCUUGUCGCAAAUCAGCAAAAGGACCUCGAAAAGGGCGUACACGUCCUAGUCUUGAAGAUCAACAGCCUGGCAAAUGGGCAGCAUCGCUACAAGAUUGGUGUCAACGCAGAGCAGUAUUAUUUGACUGGCACUUGCAUCAUGCACCCGAAAUUCAACCUGCUGGUUGUCGAGGGCGGUGCUUGGGCGAUUUCUAAAUACAAAAAGCUCAUGCUCAACCGCAUUGAUUGGACUGAAAAUGCGCCAUCUAGAGAUAGGGAUGGAAAGGAUGCUACACGCGACUGGCUUCUGGCAGAAGACGCAAAAGGCGAACUCAAGGAUAUGUCGCUGAAUCGGUGCACGCUGGUAUGGGAGGGUGAGCAGAAAGCUCGCGGUUUCCGCAAGUGGGGUAGCAAGGUAUGCGAGACGGACGCGGAGGCUCGUGAUGCUUUAUCCAGGGCAAAAUUGGAAAAUUUCUGGACGCUGGCUAAGGGUAUGGCCUAG